AUGACAACCCAAAACACCUCCCUGCCCACCUCCGCCGAGUCCGGCUCCACUCCCUCCCCCCUCGACUCCCUCCUCGCCCAAGCCUCAAAACUCUACGCCCUCCGCUCCUACCCCGAAGCCGCCGACAAAUUCGCCGAAGCCGCUGCCCUCAGUGCCGAAAUACACGGCGAAGGAAGUGUCGAGAAUGCGGAUGUCUUGUUUUUGUAUGGGAGGGCGUUGUUUCAUGUUGCAGUUGAGCGGAGUGAGGUGCUUGGUGGUGCUGCGCCGGGUGCGGGUGAGGAUGAUGAUGAUGAGCAGGAGGAGGAAGAUGACGAGGAGGUGAAAGACGAUGGCGAGCAACAACACCAAGAGGAAGAAACUCCCAAAGACGACUUCGAACAAGCCUGGGAGCUCCUCGACCUGGCCCGCGUCCUCUACACCAAAACCCUCAUCACCUCCUCCACCCCCACCACCACCCCCGGUGACAUCACCCCCUCCAAAUUCGACGAAUCAACGCGCUCCAUCCGCGAGCGUUUAGCCGAAACCUACGACCUCCUCGGCGAAGUCAGCCUGGAAAGCGAGAAUUUCGAUCAAGCCGUGUUGGAUUUGACCUCGGCUUUGGAGUACAAGCAGGCGCUUUAUGGCGAGGAGGAGGGGAUUUUGUCGGAAGCGUAUUUCAAGUUGGGGUUGGCGUAUGAAUUCGCGUCGGGUGAGGGGUCGCGUGCGGCCGCUAUCGAAAACAUCUCUGCUGCGGUUGCGAAUGUCAAAACCCGUCUCUCCUCUUCCUCCUCCUCGGAAGAAAAGAAAAAGCAGUUAAGCGAAAACCUCAAAGACCUCGAAGCCAAAUUGGAAGAGUUGAGGACGGAACCCUCGAACGAGGACGAAGAAAAGGACCUCGAGGGGUUGAGAAGUGGGAUUAGGAGUGCGUUGGAGGGAGUUCCGGAGGUGAAGGAUUUGAGUGGGUUGGUGAGGAAGAAGAAGAAGGUUGAGGGGGAGGCUGAGGAGGGGCCUGCGAGUAAGAAGGCAAAGGUUGAGGAGGCUUGAGC